AUGGCGACUGAUCACAAAUCAAUUCUUGUCCCCCCGAAGCGGGCCAAUACGGACUACCCGCUAAUUGACUCCGACCCGCACCUGAGACGAGUUUUCGGAUAUGCACGACCCUCUGACUACGCAGUGGGCGGCGGAAUGGCCGCUGCGUCUCCUCUUGCGUUCUGGAUUAUGGAAAGAGUGAGCCCAUCCCAUGUGGGCAGGGGAGGGUUCGCUCCUGUGAUGCGCCUAGCAACAGCCAUUGGCCUUAUUGGAGGUCUUCACGUGGUCUAUCAGAGAUCCUGCAACCGCUUCUAUGGCUUCACAGAGAAUUCGAGGGAAGCUGAUAUGGAUAUGAAGGAGAUGGUGGACAAAGUCAAGAAAGGGGAGUCCCUAUAUGGCACAUCCAAAGUCUCCUCAUACCUGCAAGGAGUUGCUGCUCGAAACUCUAGAUACUCUGAGCUAUUUAUCCAUGUUCUUCCAUGGUUCAACCUAGUCAACCAUGACCAGCAUGGCGUCGACACGGCCAAAUACUAUCAGCAAGCCGAGCGGGAGCUGGAAGCCGAGCGGUUGAAGCAAGCGAGCUCCUGA